UGAAGCAGAGAGACCGGGAUCCCAGCGGCAACGUGCCGUUACAUGAAACGACUGGAGUCUCAGCAGCAAAAAACAUUGUUUUCUCAUUUUUUCUUUCAUUAGAAUUUCAUGAACGGUGGCGCGAUGCACUAGAUAAUUUUUUUUACAUUUACAUUUUUUUUUACUUUACUGGAUGUAACUGUGAACCAAAUUCGUCCCGAGGCGUUCCAUUGAUAUUCUUAUUUUGUGACAUAUUCAAGUGCGAACUUUCUGAAAACUAUUGCCGAGAUAAGUCAUCAGUCAAAUAACAUUUUAAGCCCUCGACGAAGAUACUUUUUUAGGCCUGUGACAGAAUCAUCAUGAGUGAACAGAGUAUCUGUCAGGCGCGGGCCGCUGUCAUGGUGUAUGACGAUGCCAAUAAGAAAUGGGUUCCAGCCGGCGGCUCCACGGGCUUCAGCAGAGUGCACAUAUACCACCACACAGGCAACAACGCCUUCCGGGUGGUGGGACGCAAAAUACAGGACCAUCAGGUGGUAAUAAACUGUGCCAUUCCCAAGGGGCUCAAGUACAACCAGGCCACACAGACCUUCCACCAGUGGCGUGAUGCCAGGCAGGUCUACGGACUCAACUUUGGCAGCAAGGAGGAUGCCAAUGUAUUCGCCAGUGCCAUGAUGCAUGCCCUGGAGGUGCUCAACUCUCAGGACACAGGCCCCACAUUGCCAAGACAGAGCCCCCAGGUUCAGAAUGGACCUUCACCAGAGGACCUAGAGAUGCAGAGAAGGCAGCUGCAGGAGCUUCAGAGGCAGAAGGAGGUGGAGCGCGAGCGGCUGGAGCGGGAGCGCCAGGAGAGGGAACGGCUGGAGCGUGAGAUGCUGGAGAGGGAGCGCGAACGGGAACGUCAAGACCGUGAGCGCCUGGAGCGAGAGCGGGAGCGUGCCGAGAGGGAGCGGGAGCGCUCCGAGAGGGGGCAUGUGGAGCGCGCCGAACGGGAUCGGCUGGAGCGUGAGCGUCAGGAACAGGAGAGAGAGCAGUUAGAGAGAGAGCAGUUGGAGAGAGAGCAGUUGGAGAGAGAGCAGUUGGAGAGAGAGCAGUUGGAGAGAGAGCAGUUGGAGAGAGAGAGGGCGGAGAGAGAGAGGGAGCUGAUGGCAAGAGAGAAGCAGGAGAGGGAGAGGAUGGAGCGAGAGACUCACGAGGCGCAGCAGUUGGACAGAGAGCAGAUGGACUGGGAGAGAGGGAGACGCAUCUCCAACGCCGCAUUUGAAAGUACCCUCUACACCCCUCCGCCUCCAGAGUACUCCUCCAAGACCUCCUCUACGUCUGUGUCUCCCACCACCCCCAACUACCCUCCGCCCACCCCGUCACCCUCCUCUGCAACACCCCCCACCCCGCCUCUACGACACUCUGCCUCCCGAUUCGCCACCUCGCUAGGCUCCGCCUUUCACCCGGUCUUGCCCCACUACGCCACAGUCCCCAGGCGACAGCCAAUCCCUCCCACGUCCCCCGCCCCGGCCCCAGCACCCCCCUCCAAGUCUGUGGUGUGGUCAGCAACCAACUUCAGCCCACUGCCCCCCUCGCCCCCCGUCAUGAUCAGUAGCCCGCCGGGCAAGGCAACCGGCCCUCGCCCUGUCAUUGCCAUCCCAGUCUCCAGCUCCUUGUCACAGAAACCCGCCUCACCCUCCCCCAAUGGGCCUCCCAUGUUCUCUGCCCCUUCACCUGUCACCAUCGGCAACAGCAGCAACCCCGCCCCGCCUCCCACCCCGCCUCCCCCUCCACCGCUGCCCCCUCUCUCCCUGUCCCUGUCGUUGCCCUGCCAGCAGUCGCCCGUUGUCUCCCCCAUCGCUCCCCUUGUGUCCUCUCCCUCAUCCCAGCCUGCUGUUGUCCCUUCUCCUUCCACAGCUCCCUCUGCCUCUGCUGACCUCUCUGUAAACCUCUCUGUGCUGGGAGACUCCUGCUCCUCGGCUCCAGAGGCCUUUCAGCCUGCAGACCCUCUGGCCCAGCAGGACACAGUGUUGACACCGGUCCUGCCCACCCCUCCUCCCCCUCCCCCCCUCCCUCCCGGCUCCAAUGUGACCCCCACGGCCGCUGCCCCCCCGGCCCAAUCAGGCCCUCCACCCCCUCCCCCCUUACCCCCUACACUCACCCCUACCAGUGGCGGGCCCCCUCCCCCACCCGGACCCCCACCUUCCCUUGGUGGCCAGGCCCACCCUCCACCUCCACCAGCCCCUCCCCUGCCACCAGGCCUCUUCUCCCCCUCGGAGGACCGCCCCCUAUCCGGGCUAGCCGCUGCCCUCGCUGGAGCCAAGCUGCGUAAAGUGCCAAGGAGUGAUAGUGGUGGUGACGCGGCAGCUGCUCUGGCUGCAGCCAUGGCUGGGAGCUUGGCUGGCGCUGCAGGGGCCAAACCUGGAGGGAACGGCCCUCUGGGAGGAGCACCUGGAGGAGGGGGGUUGAUGGAGGAAAUGAGCGCCCUGCUGGCCAGGAGGAGAAGAAUUGCAGAGAAGGGAUCAUCGCCUGAGCCGGAGCAGAGAGCUGACGAGGUCGGCGAGGGCACCACUACGCCCAAAGUGUCUGCCUGUAGCACACCAGACAUGCCCAGGAAACCAUGGGAGAGGACUAACACUAUGAAUGGUAGCAAAUCCCCGGUCAUUGGAAGACCAAAGUCCACAGCGACUGGAUCCCUAAGUGCCAACGGGGUGCCAACAGAAGGUCUCGACUAUGACAGAUUGAAACAGGACAUUCUGGACGAGAUGAGGAAGGAGUUAUCGAAGCUGAAAGAGGAACUCAUUGAUGCCAUCAGAGAGGAGCUGGGCAAGUCGAACACCGUGUAGAAGGAUCUCACCUCCCUGUAAAUUACACCCAUUACUGGACAACUGAGACCGGGUAACUUCAGAUGGGACAAUAUUAUAAAGGAACGAACAAGGAAAAAAGUUUUAAAAGGUGGUGAUGAUGAUAACAAUAACCAUAUUAAUACAGAAGACAGAGUUUGUGGGCGGAGCAGCGUCAGACGCACAGCUGGGGACGAGGGAGUGUGGGAGGCGUGUAGUAUGAAAGCACUGCUGGCGUCCAUCUUGUGAAGCCUGGCCAUUGCCACCAUUUUCCCGCAGCCUCACCUGGAGGACAGGACACAGUCUUAAAAGAGAAGUGACUGUCAUUAUGCAAAGAUUUCUCUCUUUGUCGAUAACACAAGAAAACAAGGAAAAGCAACAAAUAAAAAACUAACUAUAUUGAACUGUAUACUGUAUUAACCAUUGAAGUGUGAGAAAUCAAACAGACAGCGGUCACACUAAGAAUUGGAACGGUUGGUGCGCACUUGUGAUUUCAAAGCAAAAAGGCACGUUUAGUGGGUGAGUGUUAAGUUUGGAGGCAGGAGGGGAGGGAAAGGGAAGUAGGACUCAGUUUCCCAUAGGGCCAUUGGAGGGAGCCUCUUGAUGUGAAUGAGGGACUGACUGGUGGACUUGGUAUAGUCUACUGCUGCAGGACUCUGUAAAGCUUGUCUUCCUCAAAUACUAUUUUAAACUGAAUAUGUACAAAAUAAGAAAAAUAUAUAUCUCCAAGUCUAUCAAUCGUCUGUUUUAAUGUAAACCAUGGCCAUAUCAAGUAGCUUAAUCAAAUAUUUUCAAGAUGGUCUGUCUUUUGGUCUGUUUGGCUUAAUAUCCGAAUAUCAUUAUCUUCUUUUUUCUAUAGAAAUGAUCGCUAUUACAAGCACCUGUACUGCAUUUCUUAUCACUGUUUCUAUGUGUUGCAGGCUGAUGAGACGGUCACAAAGGGUACAUGCCUUUCUACAGUCAAUCUUUGUAGCUCUUUACCAAACAACCUCUGUCAAUUAGUGAUGGUUAAUAAUGCUAAAAUCACCAUGACCAGAUCUGGAACUAUUUGAAAUAUCUGUACUGUUAUUAUGAACUGAACCUUUUUUCCCCUCUCCCUCUCAUUUUCUGUCAAAUGUUUGGUGCAUGUAAGGCUUUGUACGGCGUUACUGCCACGAAGUUGCAUUAUUGUCUGUCAGUUUAUAAGCAAUAAAUGUAGCAUCUGGGUUGAAUUUCCCCCACAUGUUUUCCUUUAAAUGUUCCUGUUCUUUUAACUCCACUCCAGCGCCCUGUUGAGGAUGUGAUAGUGAUUCUGUACCUCCUUCUGUUCACUACUGUACAUCCACCUCAUAGAUUCUAACUGUUCUGAAACAAAUGGGUAGAGAAUAGAUGAGAUGGACAGACCCUCCCUGUUUAUAGCCAUAAUGUACUUAAUUUACUGAGGUAUGCCAUUCAUUUUUAAAAUCAUGGUACUCAUGGUAUUUUGUUUUAUGAUUCAAGGAUGCUGUAUCUUUUUAUCAAUAUUGCAGCUAAAUUGUAGUUAUUCUCUUUUUUUUUUUUUUUUUUU